AUGAGAUUCAGCAUUGCCUCUCUGCUUUUGCAGCUGGCAGCGCUGUCCACAGCACAGUGGGACAACAACUCGACAGCUCCAAUCGAGCUUGCGCCUGCACCAUGGACACUCAAAGGCACCGUCUACACCGUAACUUUUGUACCCCUUUCGACCGACCUACCAACAAAAGCAUUCCCACCUCUAGAACGGCAGUAUGCAUCAGCUGUAGAGGGAAAGUACCUUGGAAUCCUUGGCCAGAUACAGAUCAUCCGAUACACUGAUAGUCCUGUCGGUCCGUACGACGAGCUUCUAAUCGUUCCGGGCUUCUUCAAGUACAACUACACGGAUGCUUCCGGGAAGAAGGAGGAGAAGAAGAACGUUCGAGUUAGCAGGAUCUACGUUAGCCAAAAGUAUACGUGCUGGAAUGGCAGAAAGAACUGGAAUAUCCCUAAGCACCUAGCUCGAUUCGAUUGGGUCGAAAAGAGCAACGGUGAAACAACCGUCAAAGUCUACCCGCACGAUACCACAGGCGACCCUUCCGAGUCCAAACCAGCGGAGAAGCCCUGGCUUCAGGCUACCUUCAAGCCAAACCUACCAAUCGGCCUACCGUUUAGCACUGACCUAUACGGUCUUCUUGGUGUCAACACAACGCUGGCUCAGCCGCCACUGCCAUCCGGCGACGGCAGCUACGACGAGCUUCCAGGAACAGACCACUGGGCUGCCACCGUGCCGAAUCAAGUGUCCAACCGCGCUACGCUCGGACUUGUUGACAUGAACCAAGGGGAUGGGGACGUGGUCGAGGGCCGUAGCACGAAUGCGGUGGGUGAUGAGUAUUUCCCCAACUUCUGGCCUGGUAUUCCUCGUCUGAAUGUGGCGUCGAAACUUGAGGAUGCCACUGUCACUUUUAGUGCACCUGAUAUUUGGAAAAAUUAGAUACAACAUGUAAUCAUAUGCGACACUACGCUCAUAAUAAAUUUGUUGUCU